AUGGAGCAAUUUAAUCAAGUGCUGAACAAGAUUGAGAAUAGUGAGUUGUACGGAAAGGUAAAGAAGAAUGAAUAUUAUAACAAGGUUGUAGAAUCGACUCUUGCCUCUCUCAUUUACAAGUACAGUUUGCUAGUUAUUGUGCAAUUAAAGUCACUCUAUGGUCAAUUGUUAGAACCUGUUAUUUCCGGUUCAAAGACUUACAAGGAACAGUUGCAAUAUGUAUGGGGUUUAGUGCAACAAUUGUUAUUACAUUAUAUUUUGGUAGUGAUCAGACAAUUCCAACAUGGUAGACAAGGAUUGUCAAGUCUCGCUUACGAAAAGGUUGUCCAAUCCAAAGGUGCAUCCAAAUUGUUUUGGCUCGAUCUUGGAGCUCAAGCUGACUUGAAGGAAAUGGCUUCUCAAUGUAAAGAUGGAGAAUUGAAGAAUAACUUCAAGAAGAUUUAUCUUGUCAAUACCAAGGCUUGUCAAUCUACACUCAAAUCUGUUGAAGAAUUGGGUGAUUUAGUUGAAGUUAUUACUGUUGAAGAACUUCAACAAGUUGCUUUGCAAUCAAAGGUUGACCUUGUCACAAUUAGUUAUUCCUUGACAAGUGUUCCAAAUUGGAUUGAAUUGUUGGAAAAGAUCAAGAAUGAACUUUUGAGUAAGAAUGGUGUUUUGGCCGUUACUGACUAUUAUGUUUCCAGAAAGAGUACUAAGGGAGCCAAACAACACAACAUUAUCACUCGUGUCUUUUGGCAAACCCUUUUGAAUUUGGUCUUUGGAUUGAAUGUUUCUGCCGAUCACUUGCCAUACCUUGAAGGUCAUUUCGAUUCUGUUCAUGUUGAAGAAAACAUGGGUAAGAUUCCACUUGUUUCAAAACUCACUUUGGGUAGAGUUAAAAUCCCAUACUAUGUCUACAUUGCUCAAUUGAGUAAAUAA